CAGCUGCUCACACACAUUUGUAGGUGAGACCGGCUUCAGAACUCUGCCAGGUAUGAUAGCAAAGAAGGACUUAACUGGAUUUGAUUCAAAGCAGUCUGCGUCUUGACGCACGCAAGGUCCGGACUUUACGCGGAGAGCACAUCAGGUCUUAUACAGAGAAAGGAGUCAUCAGAGAGCAUGAAGUUGGAGGUGUUGUGUGGGAGCCACUAUGACAUGAAGCAUUUUGUGAUGUCCAGUGAUGCAGAGGGGAGUGUGCGCUCUCUUCUUUCUACUGAGGAGGAGCUGGGGUCGGAUGGGGACAGCGUUGCGCACAGCCCUCCACCUGUUACGCCAUGCACCAGCGCCACCAAGUCCAAGCCAUACACACGGAGACCCAAACCCCCGUUCUCUUACAUCGCUCUCAUCGCCAUGGCUAUCCGGGACUCCCCCUCUGGACGUCUGACUUUGGCGGAAAUUAACGACUAUCUGAUGAAGAGGUUUCCGUUCUUCAGAGGCAGCUACACCGGCUGGAGGAACUCGGUCCGACACAACUUGUCUCUGAAUGACUGCUUUCUCAAAGUGCUCCGGGACCCGUCCAGACCUUGGGGGAAGGACAAUUACUGGAUGCUCAAUCCUCACAGCGAGUACACCUUCGCUGAUGGGGUGUUCCGGCGCAGACGAAAGCGCAUUGAUAAAAAGUUCAGCAGGGCGCCAGAGGUGUCCGAGAGCGCAGAGGAGCCGCAGAGCAUCCAGCAGGCUGCACCAAAGACUGAUUCAUGUGUCAAGUUUACCAGUUCAUUUGCGAUAGACAGCAUCCUCAGCAAGCCGUUCAAGAGGGACUCAAACAGGGAGCAUGUACCACUCCACCCUGCCUUCACCUGGCCGCGCUACACUGAACUGACGAUGCCUCAUUCAAAUGCACCUGCCUCAUUUUCAUACGUCAAGUCAGCCUGCUAUGUGGACUCCUGUGCUGCGCAUGUGUCAAACGCCUUUGGGCCGCUCUCACACACAGUCUUGCAAUAUCAGAAAUGAAUAAAUCUUAUUAUUUGACGAUUAAAAAUCAUCACUGUGCACUGACGAUGGACCCAGAGGAGGAUUUAAACAGGACUGGACUUUAUUGCGGUGCCAAGGUGUUACACUUGUUUUCGUACCUCUGAAAGCAUUGUGAGAUUUGAUAUUUUAUACACAGUUGUUUGUUGUAAAUGUUACUGAACUGACCAUUAAAGUCGCUGUCAGAAAAAUCGUGUUAAAACCUAUGCACUUUCACUGUUUGUGUCUCUUUCUUUCAAAAAUACGCUCUUUGCAACGAAAUAAAAAAUCUAACAAAAGUUGGUCUCCGUUUUCUGUUGUUGUGACAUUGUUUAAUGUUGAAUUAAAACCCAGUCAUUGGUUCCAGGGAAGACAAAUUAGGGCUGACACCUCCAUGACACAUGCACCUUUUAAGGUGCCAGGGCAAUGACUGUUAUCGGGGCGUGUGUGUGUGUUCAUGUGACUCCACCUUGCACAUUUUUUUUUAGAGAACUCUGCCAGGGAUUGGUUGCAUGUGUGCCAUAUGGGCCUGAUAUAACCUCUUUCUUUACAAGCAUUAUACUGGCCCUUACAGCAUAUGUUGCAUAUCUGAGAUAUUUCUCC